CCGCUGCUGACAACAAGAUGGCGGCGGCGGCGGGUCCGGCGGGCGCUGAGAGCCGCGUGUUGGGCUAUAGCCUGCACCGCUGGAGCAGCUUCUCCUCCACCUACCUGCCCGAGAAUAUCUUGGUGGAUAGGCCAAAUGAUCAAUCCUCAAGAUGGUCUUCAGAAAGCAAUUAUCCUCCCCAGUAUUUGAUUCUGAAGCUUGAAAGACCUGCCAUAGUCCAGAGCAUCACAUUUGGCAAAUAUGAGAAAACGCAUGUCUGCAAUUUAAAGAAGUUCAAAGUCUUUGGUGGGAUGAAUGAGGAGAAUAUGACAGAUCUCUUAUCCAGUGGCUUAAAGAAUGAUUAUAACAAAGAAACAUUCACCUUGAAGCAUAAAAUUGAUGAACAGAUGUUCCCCUGUCGAUUCAUUAAGAUAGUUCCACUCUUAUCAUGGGGACCUAGCUUCAAUUUUAGUAUCUGGUAUGUUGAACUAAAUGGCAUUGAUGAUCCAGAUGUGGUCCAGCCGUGCCUCAACUGGUACAGCAAGUACCGUGAACAGGAAGCCAUUCGCCUUUGCCUAAAGCAUUUCCGGCAGCACAACUACACCGAGGCGUUCGAGUCGCUGCAGAAGAAAACCAAGAUUGCCCUGGAGCACCCCAUGCUGACAGACCUGCAUGACAAGCUGGUGUUGAAGGGGGACUUCGAUGCUUGUGAAGAACUGAUAGAAAAAGCUGUGAAUGAUGGCUUGUUCAAUCAGUAUAUCAGUCAGCAAGAGUACAAACCUCGCUGGGGGCAGAUUAUUCCCAAAAGCACCAAAGGUGAUGGGGAAGACAGUCGGCCAGGGAUGAGAGGUGGCCAUCAGAUGGUUAUAGAUGUGCAGACAGAAACUGUUUAUUUGUUUGGUGGCUGGGAUGGAACUCAGGAUCUGGCUGACUUCUGGGCAUACAGUGUGAAGGAAAACCAGUGGACCUGUAUAUCCAGGGAUACAGAGAAAGAGAGUGGUCCCAGUGCCAGGUCCUGUCACAAGAUGUGCAUUGACAUCCAGAGGCGGCAGAUCUACACCCUGGGGCGGUACCUGGAUUCCUCUGUGAGGAACAGCAAAUCCCUGAAAAGCGACUUCUACCGCUACGACAUCGACACCAACACCUGGAUGUUACUGAGCGAGGACACUGCAGCAGAUGGAGGCCCCAAGCUGGUGUUUGAUCAUCAGAUGUGCAUGGAUUCUGAAAAACACAUGAUCUACACUUUUGGAGGCCGAAUUCUGACCUGCAAUGGCAGUGUGGACGACAGCAGAGCCAGUGAACCCCAGUUCAGUGGCUUGUUUGCUUUUGACUGCCAGUGCCAGACGUGGAAACUUCUGAGGGAGGAUUCCUGCAACGCCGGACCCGAGGAUAUCCAGUCCCGGAUAGGACACUGCAUGUUGUUCCAUUCUAAAAACCGCUGCUUAUACGUAUUUGGUGGCCAGAGAUCAAAGACUUACUUGAAUGACUUCUUCAGUUAUGAUGUGGACAGUGACCACGUGGACAUCAUCUCAGAUGGCACAAAGAAGGAUUCAGGGAUGGUUCCAAUGACAGGCUUCACUCAAAGAGCCACCAUUGAUCCUGAGCUGAAUGAAAUCCACGUCCUGUCAGGGCUCAGUAAGGACAAGGAGAAGCGGGAGGAGAACGUAAGGAAUUCCUUCUGGAUUUAUGACAUUGUGAGGAACAGCUGGUCUUGUGUCUAUAAGAAUGACCAAGCAGCAAAAGAAAAUCCAGGUAAAAGCCUUCAGGAAGAGGAGCCCUGCCCAAGGUUUGCCCAUCAGCUGGUUUAUGAUGAGUUGCACAAGGUUCAUUACUUAUUUGGAGGGAAUCCUGGUAAAUCCUGCUCUCCAAAGAUGAGAUUAGAUGAUUUCUGGUCUCUCAAGCUCUGUCGACCUUCAAAGGAAUACCUGCUAAGACACUGCAAAUACCUCAUCAGAAAGCACAGGUUUGAAGAGAAAGCUCAGACUGACCCUCUCAGUGCACUGAAGUACCUGCAGAAUGAUUUAUAUGUAACUGUGGAUCACUCGGACCCUGAGGAGACAAAGGAGUUUCAGCUUCUUGCCUCAGCAUUAUUUAAGUCUGGCUCGGAUUUCACGACUCUUGGAUUUUCAGACGUUGACCACACGUAUGCCCAGAGAACUCAGCUGUUUGACACGUUAGUCAACUUCUUCCCAGACAACAUGACCCCUCCUAAAGGCAACCUGGUGGACCUCAUCACGCUGUAACAGAGCAAUCACUGGACACAUGGAAGAGGGGAAAAGCAUCCAUUUUCAGUAUUUUAAUUUUUUUACUGCAUUGAUUGACUGCUGGGAUGAAGUUAAUAUAGUAACCCCUAGGUGUUUGAAAGGGGUUUUAUACUUGUAUGGUGAAUCCCUGGAGCUUUUCCCUUGGAGUAGGUUAAUAAAAUGUAACUGACGUACUUCUGACUAAAUAUAUAUAUUUUUUCUGACUUUGGAUUUUGAGUUAGCAAAUGUAAGAUGAAAAGGUGGGGAAAAAAGAAAAAGAAAUAAAACCCAGUCAUGCAGUGAUCUUUUUGCCUAUGGGGGAAAAUUUGAAAUUUGUGAGUUGUCUGGGAUUAAAGAUGAUGGGUUUUAUUUUGCAUUUCCUGAGGAAGAGGGGGAAGAGGUUUUUCUUUCCUCGUUUGUAGCUAGUCAUGAUGUAAUGCUUUCUCCUACAACUCCAUCCUCAGCAGCUGCAUAACUUGGUGGCAGGACACUGGCACGUGUUGAGGUGAUGUAAUUGUGUCCUGAGUCUUGUACUCACGGUGUGUCACGGGAAGGCGAGCGUGAGUUCCGAACCGUCUGUCUCCCCUUCCCAGAGAUGUGCUGACAGUCGUGUCUAAUUGCUUCUGAGACUCCAUCUAAACUGACUUCUGCAUCCCUGUCUCCUGUUCUCUGGAGCCUUCCACUUAAACCUGGCAGGCAAGAGGGAACCUGGGAGAUCCAGCUGGAAAAUGGGAGUGCGGUCGCUGCCCGCACGGGCCCCUUGUCAGGGAUCGAUCUCUUUGCUGCUGUGCUCAUCCACUGAGAAACCCUGUGGGUCCUCAGUGAGCCUGGCAGAACUGGGUCUUCCACCACACACACCCCUGCAACCUGACCCCGGGUUGGGUGUAGGAUUUCUGAAGCAGAUUGUCUUCAUUUCCAUGUGCUUCUGUGUGUGUUUGUCCACGUGUAUGCGUACAGGGCAGCUUGUCUCCUUCCCCUGUAGUGCAGCUCCCUUGUCAAUGCAUUUUAGACCUAGAUCUGAAUGUCAGGGAGGCCUUCUUAGCAUAAAUCUUUGAAAAUGAGCUGAUACGUAUGUAUAGAAAAUGUAUUCUUCCUUUUGCUGAAAGCCUUUUUAUAAACACUCUAAGGGCUUGGUGCUGCACUGUGAGGUGGAAUGAAGGACAUGCAUACCCAGCAUUAGAAACUCUGCAUUCAGUACACACUGGCAGAUGUAAAUAUUUAUAUGAAACUGCAAAACUUUCUGUCCAGCAGUGUUCAUGCCAGUCAGGUAUUGUUGCUGCACCUGCUGGGGCUCCUGUUGAACUUGGUGGAAGUCCUGUGUGUGCAAAGAUGAUUUGGACUCUUGAAAUAAAGAGUUAGUCAAGUGUCUUUUUCAGAGCUCGAGUGUCUGCUUGCUUUGAUUGUAUUGCCUCUUUAUCAUGUUCUUUGUGUGACUUUUGUAGUCCUGGUGCAUUAGAAAUAAAUUUCAAAACCUCAUACUAGUGUUUAAUCACUUAGAAAGGAACAGUAUGUCAGAGGCCAGGCUUGUCUUCAGGGAGGACUGUACAAAUGAAGUGUUUUUAACCUGUCACUUGAGACUGUUCAGACACUGUUCACUUCAGUGGAUGGCAAAUCAGAUGUCUGCAGAAGAAUCCACUCAGUCUGGGAAAUGAAAUCUGAUGAAAUUGUUUCUUUGGAACGUGGCAGGUUUUUUUCCUAUUCACAUGGAAAGUUUUACAUCACUGCUGGGCUUUGUGGUGUGCUACCUGUGCUGAGCCUUUGUUAACUUAGAGUUUGUACAGUACAAAUGUAGAUACUGGGGGAAUAUUCCAGCUGAGCUGUUGCUUCCGUUGAGAUCGAAAUGAGCACUUUUAAUGCUAUCACCCAAAAUUCUGCAACAUUUUAGUACUUAAAUUUAGUGCUGCUGUGCUCCUUUAUCACUUGAUCUCGUUGCUUGUGUAUCCUCAGCUUCAGUCAGAUGAUUAAAUAGUCUUUGUGACAGUUCUCUAAUUAACCAGGCUCUUCACAAACCGUUGUGUGUCCACCUUGGAUGCCUAAAAUAACCCCAAAGAUCCACCUUGGUGGAGAAGCCCUGGUGAGCAGGCAGGGGAGAAGUUCAGGAAGGCCCAGAGCUGUGAAUGGUGUUGCUGGUGAGCAGUGCAUCGUGUCAGGUCUGAUUUGUGUGACAGGAAUUCGAUCCAAACCCGUUGUCCUCCGUGCUGGGGGCGCGUGUGGAGCCCGGCAGCCUCGGCUCUGUGUUUUGUAGCCUCGUGCAAAUCGAUGAUUUGUUGGAGCGAGGGGAAGGUUGCUUCUGCAGGACUGACAGUCCCAGCUAACGAGAGCACUUCAGGAUGAUCAAAUAUUGACCUGCCUUUGUCCCGAGCAGAUCGAUGCUGCUCGCACCAGCACGGUUCAUGGCUUGCAGCUGGUGAUUAACCAGCAGAAACUUCACUCAGCUCUGCAGUAUUUGUUGAGCAGCAGAGGCACCGUGUGGCCAGAGAGGUUAAUCCAAAGGGAAAGCUUCUUGUGGCUUUGCCAAGGGUCUUUCCUUCUUUUUGUCCUUAGGGCUAGGAGUCAAAUGUUCUCUCUUUGCAUUAGUGUGUGCUACGUUACCUGCUUUAAAUUCUAACCAAAAAUUCUGAGCAGUGAAGUAUAAAUUUCCUUUUAAAAUUGACCACUUGUUGUCAGGCAGUGACACAGGUAGUUUGAAUUUCAUUGCAUGCUGAUCUUUAAAGACACUGGUGAUAUGCCAGGAAAGCAUCUGAGGUGCUCAUUACAGAAAGCCCGAAAUAAAAACAGUAAAGAAACCCACUGGAUCUGAAAACAGCCACCUGAAAACAUUUCACAGCCCAGUGCAUGCGAGGUUAUAAAUAUCUGAGCUGUGCGUGAGAAGUCUUUGAACCUCACCAUCAUUGCUUGCUGGCUGUGUCUGAGGCUGCUCUUUAGCUUAGACAAGACAAACAUAUUCUAUUUGCCUUUACUUCAGAUUAUAAGGUGACUUUGUGUAUGAACUUGACACCACAUAAUCUUUGCACUACAGUGAGUAAUUCUAUCUGUAAAUUCUGUGUUAACUUGUAAAUAAGGUAUUGCAAAGGAAAGCGUCAUUCCUUGACAGAGAGGGACUCAUUCAUCAUGUUUUGGGUCUUUAAAGCCAAAGUUGCAAAGUUCUGGUAUGUCUUUAAAAGCUAGAGGAAGUCAGGGUGGGGUAAACUUGAUACAGACAUCCAGACUUCACUCUUGUUUUAGCUUUUUUGAAAAUGUCCUUUGAAAUCCCUGUGUUUGGUUCUUCACUGACUCUGGCCCUUACAACACCCUUUAGAGGAUCAUCUCCUUGGAAAAGAAAUUAUUCUUUGUUAUUCCUGUCAAGUGAUGCAUUUUCUUAGAGAAAUAAGGCCCUUCAGAAUUAAUUUUUUUGGUCACUUGGAUUAGGUAGAAUUAAGUGAGUUUGUUAAUGUUUGUCUUACACAACCCCUCAUAGUAGUCACAAGAUAGAAGUUGUUAAGAAUUCUCCCAAAAUGAUUUCUCCAAGCAUGUUCUGCUCUUGCAGUGUGACCCAAAAAUGUUGUCAUGUGGCAGAAGGACUUUGUUACAUGUUGUUAAAUGAGAUUAUAACCACUUCAGCCACCUUUUUGCCUCUUUUCUUUUGAGGAUCCCAUUAGUUAGUAUUGGUCCUGGGAAGGCCUGAAGGGUGAUGCAAAAUGUUCAUUGAAAUUAAUUGUAGUUGGUAUCCUCUUGCUCUUUUAAAGAUAUUUGUGAUGUGUUUAUUCUUUAUCUCUUCCUUUUGCUGAGCAUAAUGAGGAAGGAGAAUUUUCUUUUGGAAAAGUUCAGUUUGCCCUUUCCCUGGGUGGCAUCUUGCAUGGGUAGUUAAGGUAGUUGUGUAAAUAAACCUCUGGAAUUGGUUUUUGUUUGCCUGGGAUGGCUCUGGGUGUACACAGGUACACCCUGGCUCAGGGAUCAGGCUGGAGCUUCCUACCAGAAUUUCAGUUAACAAAAUCUUAUUUUGGAAAAUCAGUCUGGGAACAGCCAGUUGGAAAAGUUUUUCCAGGGCAUUGUCUUGUGCAGUGGCAACUGGAGUGAAAUUAAAAAUUUUCCUAAAGAGCAUAGAAAAGCUUCCCUUUGUGGAGCAACAAAGUUAAAUGAAAUUGCUGAAACUUUUUGAUCAUUGUUUAUAAUAACCCAGCCUAAAAACUGAAUGAUUUAAUAACAGUUUGAAGAUUGAGGAGUCAGUAAGCAAAUUAACUGGACCCACCUAUGACAGGAGGUGUGGGCUGGUGGCCAGAGAUUGCCACAGCUCAUCUGUGUGUGUCUUAAAUUGGCAGCCACGAGUGUCCAGGGCUCCAUGAGCUGUUCCUUCUUCCAGAAGAAACUCCUUCCAAAGCCGAGUAAUGACUCUGGAAGAGUGUUUUCCAUAGGGCUUUGUGGAACAGCUGUUUGCUGAACCAUUUUCCUGAUGUGUGCAGAUUUUUUAAAGGGAGUUUUCUCUGUCCCAAAGUUUUGUGCUGACCUGGCCCUGCUGUGCCAACCUGCCCUGGUGAGUGGUGGAUUCAGAGCAGAAUCCUGAGGAAUGCUUCAAACUUGUUUGCUGCUCUUACUGUGAGAAAGAUGAGCAUUCAUGCUGCUUGUGUCAAAUGCAGGAGGGUGGUAGGUACCUGUAGCACAAAUACUAUCAGCUCUCUUGUUGCCUCCUGCAUUUCAGAAUCGAGAAAUAAAUGCUUUUGUAGAGCUUAUUGAGUGAAUUUUAAGUUUGAAUAAUUUGUACAACCUCCCUCUCUGCACAGACAGUAAUUCUGCUGAUGUAAUGCUGUGCCACUUUUGGGGAAAAUGGCAGAAAAUUAGUAGAUAGGUUUCCAUUCGGUCCCUUUGUUUUUAAAAGUGGAAAAAAUGUCUUGUGAAACCUUGAGUCCCCGUGUAUGCUUUGAAUUUUAGCUUAUUAGUUGGCUCAGAGUUAAGGAAUGUUUUGGCUAUUGUCAAGUGAAGUCCUGACAGUAAAAGCAGUUCAUGUAUGUCUCUGGAAGUGCUUGUGUUGUUUUAUAGCUGUACUUAUUACAGAAACAGAGGUGGACCCAGUUGAAAAAUUAAAAUUAUUGGUGUUUUGAUUUAGGGGGAAGAUUAUAGAAACUCUGAGCUUGGCCUAUUUUAAUAAGUACAUGUGUUAAUUUGGAGAUGGGUCUUAUUUUGUGAGAGGAGAGUUUAAGGACAACUAUAUGACUUGUUCUUGCUAUAGAUUGCUAGUAAUAUAUAAGCUGUAAAUACUGUUGAAAUGUAAAUGUGCUGUCAGAAGCUUGUUAGUGUAUCUAAAUGCCUGUGGGAAUGGGAGACCAAAUCAUACCCUGUCAUGGAAAAGGUUAUACUGGAGAUUAUUCAAGUUCUGGUAAUGGCUUAUAGGCAAAAUCCCUCUUCUCCUGAAAGCUUUUAGUAUAAUGAAAAGUUGGAGUGGAGAAAGUAGGUUAACUGUACUGGAACCAGGAUAAGAGUCCAUGGCUCAGUGCUUGGAUAAAUUGACUCCAGAUGCUUUUGUCUGUGGGCAAUGGAUCCAAACGUGGUUUUGGAGUGGAAGCCAGUUAAUGACCUGCUUAUUGCUGCUGGAGAGUCCUGCAGGAGAGCCUCACAGGGAUGCCAGCAGGUAUCCCUGCAGCAUUCCUGGCAGAGGUCACAGAGCUGGCUGCAGUGUGGGAUUAUCCACGUGUGCUUUGGUUAUAUCUGAGCUGAGGAGGAGGAUGCAGUGGCUGUGUGGGUGUGUGUAAUUCCAGCUGUGUGGCUGAGGUGUGGAGCUCUGCAGGGCACACAUCCUGAGGAUAACACACUGCUGCUGUCUGCUUGGCCUUCAUGGACUCAGUUUGAUAGGGGUGAACUCAAAUUCCUGUUUCCAGUGGAGCUGCUGUCAGUGCAUCACCUCAGUACUCUGAAAUCUCAAUUUAUGCUUGGUGCAGACACAGCUCCACGUUGCCUUGGCUUCCAGCUGUUUGCUCUAAGUCAGCACAGCUUUUACCAAUGACCUGGAGAGUGUGAGUGCUGUCAGAACUCACUCCACUGUUCAGCUCCAGCAGUUCAUUCCUGGAAACAGGGAUGUGAGUGAACAGCUCAAAACUGGCUCUGUCAGGCUAGAAUUUUGGGUUUGCUACUAAUUUGGAAGGAAAGUCUUAUCACUGGGUGGUGUGAUGGUUAAAGCAUGACCCUUUGGUUAUUCCCCCAUUUAUUCUGAAUUUUCUUUCCCUGUGAGGCUGAUCACUGCUAUUAAAAUGCAUCAGACUUCCCUGAGUUUAGUAGGUACCUGUGGAGGAAUUAAAUGUUAGAGCUCCGUAGUGGUUAUUGAGGCAUCAGUUUCCCCACAUCAUACUCCAGUUGCUUCUUUUGCAGAGCUCCUUCUGCUGCCUCUGAGAGAGUCAGGAAACAUCCUUGUGAUUUACAUUGUUCUUUCCAGGGCUGUUUCUCAUCCUGGGUAAGGACAGGGAAGCGUGGGAGAUGAUUUCCCACUGCAGCACACAAUUAUUUACUUGUGCCCUUCCAUGGCCUCACAUUCAGUGCUGUGAUACUCCUUCCCUCCCAUCUCAGGGUUUAUUUUGUGUCACCCCAAGAAGAAAAAGGUGAUAAUACCAACCCUCAAGUUGUCCUAGGUUCCUACACCUGCUCUAAUUGUCCCAAAACUUUUACAGAUAUUGGAGUUUUGGUUUAUUUCUGCAGCAUAAGGCAGAGGGAGUGAGAAGAGAAAUAGUCUUGGGGUUAAUGCAGGGAUGCUGAUGUGAAUAGGUGUGGAAGGUGUGGUCUGUCUUUGUGGAAGGGCUUUGAAGAACUCUCCCAACAGCAGCUUUGCUGUUCAGAGCUGAUUUUACAAUGUCAGCUAGAUUCUCUGGCUCUUCUUCAGAGAGAAGUGAUGCAAUAUCAGGAUCUUCUAGUCCUGGAGCUUCACCUCAAGCUUUGUCCCCCUUCCACCCCAGACACCAGAGAGAAUAAUACCAAUUCUAUUCUCUCCACAGCAAUUCUGAGGAAGCCAGCUGGGUUUAACCCUGCUCAAACAGACCAGAGGUGAUGCAGCACCACUGGCUUUUGGAUCAGGGCUGGCUGCCUUCAGGGAUUGUUAAAACCUAAAAGCAUUCUGAGCUUUCUGAUGAAAGCUGCCAGUCAGAGUAAAGGAGAUUAGGUGCUUUUUAAUUAAUUUGGUGGUGGGGAGGCUGGACCACAACAGUGGCUCCAGUGGUUGCAGUCAUCUCCACAUCCCAAAUAGCAGUGGAUAGGUUUUACUCCCCAGUGACAGGAAAAUAAACUUUAAAUAUCCUGACUUAGUAACCAAGGGAUUCAAUCAAUUACUCAGUGUUUCACUAAAUAGAGAAGUGCUGCAAUGUGUGAACAGGGUCUGUUCAUUAAAAAACCACAUUGAGGCUUAAUUUUUUGAUUUUUUUUUUUGAGGUUUUGUCAAAAACUCAACUCUUAAAAGGGGAAAAUGGAAGAGAACUAGUGUGCUGCUGACUUGUUUCCUCUCCUUUCUGCUGUGGUCAUCAGGAAUGCAAACUAACAGUGGAGGGUGAAUAUUGCCUUCAUCUUCCCCUCCUCAUUCCUGUCCCUCCCGUUGAUGUUUUGAUGUGCAAAACACUCUUCACUUCAGAAGCUGCUGUGCAGGGUAGUGGAAAGGAAAACAAACCCCUCGUUAUUAGUAGCAUUGCCAUUUGCUUAAGCUGUAUUUUCUGCUGUGUCUUCCAGCACUCCCUCCUCCACAGCAGGAAAUGAGGGGGUGCUGAGGAGACCACAAGCCAGGGAAAAGAGCUUAAUUAUACAAACAAAUGUGUUCGUGGGAGCCUUGCAAAUUGGAGGCCCUGAACCACAGAGACCACUUUGCUGAGGGACAGAAAUUGGAAGUCUGUGGGCUCAUUCCCAGUUAAUUGGAGGUGACAUUCCCAUCCUGUGGGCUGCUGGUGUUGUACAUGUUGUGCAUGCAGAUGCUGAGGUGCAGCAGGUCUCGUUUUGGGAGUAUUGAGCCUCGUUAAAUGUCUGCUCUGUGAAAGUGCUGCAGCUGCCCCUCUUAGAGGAGUUGUGGCACUGACAGGACCUGGGGGUCAAACACCAGUGAGCUGGCUGGGCACUUCACCUGAAUGGGGUGGGAGAUUGAGCUCUUUGUUGAGCUGUAGCCUCUGCUGUGAUGGUAUCACUGUAGUGUGUGAUGGUUUGUUUGUCUGGACCUUCAGUGUUCAUUAUCUUGUCCUCUGCACCCCAGUGUGGUCCCCAAAAGCUGGUUCUCCCUCCCUAAUGAUGGAGGUGUGAGUGUCCACCCCCUGUCCACGAUUUGGCCUCUCUGUUCUGUUUUGACACCCAGCUUGGAGCGUUUGCACCUCCCCAGCAAUCCUGCAGGCUCUGGUGUCCGUUUGGAUUCCCUUUGGUGUCUGUCCUGCAGCUGUUGUCUGGGACACCUGAGCACAGGAGAGCUGAGCUGAGAGGUGUGGACAGCCCUGGGCUGGAAAGAAGCAUCUGUGGGGUGAUGAAAGCUGUGAACUGCUCAUGUGUUUUAAUAGGCAGGUCAAAUAUUGACUGCUCCUGUGCUGAGCCUGUGGUGGUUACAGGCAUCUUCCCUGGACUCUGGUGAUUCCCUUUCCCAUUCUUUUCUUUGUGGAUGAUCUUUGUUCAGCCUGGAGUGUUAAUUUUCUUCCUUGGCAUAAAUCAUCUUUGAUGAUUUCUGGGUUGGUGUGUGAGCCCCAUGCUGUACAUAAAUGAAUGAGUGACACGAGGAAUAUCUACAAAUGUAGUUAUGUUGUAUGUAAUGUACAUAAGGAGAGAAUGUAUUUUGUUCAUUUUUUUCUUAAUAAAAAUGUAUAUGCUA